CGAGGGGCGUGCCUGGUGGGUCUGACGGCACCCCAACCUCUUGCACAGGCCGCUAUGUCGAGGAGCCGUGCAGCAGCCCCCACACCCGGAGCGAGUGCGAGGUGUGUGACACAGGGAUGUACACGGAACACGCCAACGGCCUGCCGUCCUGCCUGCUGUGCACCACCUGCCGCGAGGACCAGGAGAUGGUGAGUGACUGCACCCCGAAACGGAACCGGCAGUGCCAGUGCAAGACCGGGGAGUUCUACUGUGACUCUGAGGACUGCCCGGAGAGCUGCUACCGCUGCACCAGGUGCCCCGAGGGGAAGGUCGUCCUGCAGACGUGCAACACCACGGCCGACACCCUGUGCGGCCUGCCCGGCCCAGGGCCAGGGAGCCGACACCGGUUCUGGUGGAUGGCGGGCUGGCUCUUUGCCGCGGUGGUCGGGGCCCUCGUCAUUCUCUGCGUCAGGAAACCCGGAGACGGAGGCGGCCGGGCGGCCUGCUGUUGUCCCCGUGCAGGACCUGUCUUCACAGGACGCCGUUACAGAAGAGACAGCCUGGAGAGCUCAGUGGCCUUCGUGUCAUCACCUGAGACCCCAGAUGCAGACGCUCCGCUCCCCACAACGGGGGCCCCCCACCUGCCUGAAGACCGCCUGGACGAGGCGUCCAAGCCCCAGAUCUUCCCUGGGACCCCGGAGAGCCCGGCGGGAGGUGGCCCGCAGCCGGAGGCGGAGGCAGGUGACGAGGCCGGGACCCAGGAUGGUCACCACGGCCUGACCCUUCUCCACCCCCCGCCCCCCUGGCCUGAGUGUCCGGCUGAGGUCAUGAGGGAUCUUGUGGACACAAAGGGGCCAUCUGCUGCAGCUGAGGAGCUCAGGAGGCCUGUGAGGCUGUCUUACCACCUCGGAGACCAGGUGACCACACAGGAUGGUCUGAAAUCAAAACUUUUCAAGCCUGGCCAGCAUCGCUUAGUGGUUAGCAUGUCGGACGGUCCACGGAAGCGUCGGUCACUCCCCAUCUAUCUGAGCCCCUGCGUGAGACAGCCAGUCAAUGAGCCUUUCUCUCGCCCCCAUCACUCCAUGUCUUAUACCACUGACAUGGAGUCUCCGCAACCCGGGCCUGGAGUUUGUAUUUCUCCCAGAACACCCAGCUGGCCUGGCACCGGUGUGGACGCAUCCUGCCCUCUGUGUCACUCCCAGGCAAAUGGGACUCCAGUUUGGAGACUCCAGGGAAAGGAGGAUUAACAAAAUAGAACAACUUUGUCCCCGGCCGGUGGGGUUCAGUGGUGAGGCAUCGACCUAGGAACCAGGAGGUCACGAUUCGCUCUCCCGUCGGGGCACGUGCCUGGGUUGUGCGCUGGAUCCCCGGUGUGGGGCGCGCAGGAGGCAGCCAAUCAGUGGUUCUCUCUCAUCACUGAAGUUUCU